UUCUUGCUGAAAUACUUCACUAGAAUUCCAGAUGUAGACUACUGGAUAGCCUUUUAGGACUAAGGGAAGGGGUAAGAUUGAAGGUGCAAUGAAGAUACACCCUAUUGCAUUAUAAGAAAUUUUCUAGCAGUUCAAAAUGGUGCAGUACAAGGUCUAAAGUGGCCAUGGAAGUUGGCAGAACUCAUUGCCAAGCAGAGGAUUAACAGGCAAUCUUCUGUUCUACUGGUCAAAGUUACGUGCUUUGAAGCUUGGAGAAGUGGAAGAAGGAAGUAAAUGUCUGCAAUGAGUAGAAAGAAACUAAGGGUGAACACUGCCCCUGUUUUGAGAUGAAAGCCUUCUGUAGGCUGCAAAAUGGAUGUGAUACCAUUCAACUAAUAAUUGCUUAACUGCAAACAACACGCAAGGAUCCCUCCACCCCUUGAUGUGACAAAUGCAGGAAAGUUUGUUUUGUAACUAGGAAGAGCUACAUGCCUGAAGUGUGGCUCAGCCCCUGGAGCUGCUGUAGGAAUCCUAUAAAAGAGCAUGGAGCACAGAGCUCUUCAAACCACUCUUCUUGGCUUUACCCUUGUGGCAAACUGAGUUUACUUCCAGCCAGAAAGAUGUCUUUCAAUGGACAGGUCUGCAACUACAGCAGCUACUCACCCUGUGAUGUGAGCUGCCCCGCGCCGUAUGCCAAUGCCUGGAGCCAGCCCUGCGUCACCUCCUGUGGGGACUCCCGUGCCGUGGUCUACCCACCACCCGUGGCCAUUGUCUUCCCAGGCCCCAUCCUCAGCUCCUGCCCUCAGGAGAGCAUCGUGGGCACUUCAGCCCCCCUGGAGAUAGGCAGCUCCUUUGGGUAUGGGAGCUCCCAGGAUGUGCAGAGCUCCUUUGGGUCUGGCACCUCCCUGGGUGGCAGGUACUCCUACCCCUGCUAUUCCCGCAGGUACACGACUUACCGUAGUGGGAGCUGUGGGCCCUGCUAAGCACUGCAAGGAUGCCCUGGGAAGCUGGACCCAGCAGGGACCAGAGUAAAUUCCCAGUCCAUGAGUGAGCAGAGGGACAUGGUUUUCAGAGGGCCAAUGUACCAGGCUGCAGCAGGGGUUCUGAGUAGCUGGGCUGAGAAACAAACCCAGACAUUGUAUUUCCCCUCCUAUUGGAUUAGGUAUCUGCUAAGAAGAUCCCAGCUCUGAGAAACACAGAAAAGUCCUUAGCUGAAAUUCAGGUCACUUAUAGAAGACUAAGCAUCAGUGUAAAUUAGGUUCUCUAUAUUCUGACCUCUCGGAUGGACUGACUUUAAAACUUCUCAAAGCUCCAGUCUGACUGUGGGAGCCACGCUGUUUCAUGUCAUCUGGGAUUAAAAAAGAAAAAGAGAACAAAAAAACCCCAAACAAACUGUUGUGGUGAAAACCCAACUCAUUUUUCAAAUGCUGCAAAUGCAACAAAGACAGAAGAUCAUCUUACAAACUGCAGCCCCCAGAGAAGACAACCACAUCUACCUUGAGCUAACCCUGCAAAAGUAUUCUGUGCCCUCUGCAUUGUUAUGUUCUGCUGCAAUGAAGUCCUUGCUCUGUUACAAUUAAAGUUUAUAUUCCAU